AUGUUGCACAUUGGCCAUGCUGUCGUAGUUUUGUCUGCAACUUUCUUCGCAGUGGCUGCCUACGCAGUUCUGCUCAGUGCGUUCAUUCCGAGUACAGACAUCCCUCUCCUUGACGCCCUCAAGGGUGACACCCACUACAAAUACUUUGUCAUCCUUUUGGUGCCAACAAGUGCCUACUUCGUGAUCGCCAAUUGGGUCGGAUGGCAAUACUACCAGAAUUCCUAA